AAGAGAUGAAGCUUGGACGCGCGGCUCGGAUCCCCUACGUGGCGGAAGAAAAGCCGCUUUUGACGAUCCGUAGCCAUUUUGGCUCAAGCCGUUUUGGCCCAGGCGCACUGGUCACCGCCAAGAGGGCCCGCACCUCACCGAGUCUUCCGACACCGCAUACUGCGCACCUGGGCCGAUGGCCUCCGUGAGCGCGCUGCGUGCUGGCGCCGCCCUGUGCCUCGCGAUCGCCGCGCCCGCGUGUGGCUUACAGGCCUCCGCAGAGGGCGAGGACGCGUCCCUGGAACUGCAGGAUUGGCCCUGGAGCCGGCGUUCGGCCCCUGGCCGCGGCGGCGAGCGAGCGCCCCCUGGCACCGGCAGGGUGCUGCUGAGCACCAUGACGUUCCCCGAGGACAACCUGCCGCUGGACGUCACGGUCGCCCACCAGGUGCGCAUGGUGUCCAAGUACCCCGACACCAUCCAGCACGUCAUCGUCGACAACCGCCCGCCCUGGAUGGAGCCCGUGAACCGCCAGGAGACUAUCCUGCAGAGCAUGAGCAAGAGCAAGGUCUCGACCGUGCGCAGAGUUGAUUACAGCGUGUACGACUCUCCGAAAUACCUCCAGAAGUUCUUUGAGACAGGCAACGAGACCGACUCGUGCAAGACCCUGGAGGACGCGCACGACAUGUCGGACAUCAGCGGGCAGCACAUGUCCUCGAACACGCACGGUAUGUUCAAUUUCUUGGAGGCAUGCUUGACCGCGGAAGCGGCUGUGGAUCUGUGCGUCUUCCUCGACCCGGACAUUGUCGUCUACAGGAAGGACAAGGGCAUGAUCGAGAUGGCGCGCGAGGUCUUUGCGACUCAGCCAACGGCGAUAGCGCUGAACCCACCGACAAUGUGCAGCGCCUUCGACGAGGCUGGCUCGGACACCUGCAAGACGAGGAGGCCUGGGAUGCUCAGCCAGCGCUACCUGAUCAUCAACCGCCAGCGCCUGACGAGCGUCUUGCCUCUCAAGGUCCCGCACGAGGAGUUCAACGUGAAUUUCGAGCACCUCUUCGGCGACUCUCUGCGCCGCGUCAACUCGGGUGGGCAGCGCAUGAUCUGCAACGGCGCAUUCGCGAUCCACCCCUUCAGCGCCCGCUGGGCGCACUGCCGCAACAAGAAGGAGAACCUGAACAUCGAGCGCCACUCCAGGCUCGUCGCGCAAUCGGUGAAAAAGGAGACGUCGGGCGACUACCACAGCUUCGACAUGACCAUGGUGGAGGGGCUCAAGGAGAUGAUCUCCCGGGUCGAGGCUGGCAAGCUGGCGAAGCCGCAGGAGUCUGGCGAACCCGCAGAACUCCAGAGCGUUUCCAAUAUGUGCGAGGACAUGUGCGUCGACCAGAACCGCAUCGCUCAGGGGCUCGCGUGGUAAGCUCGCUCGUUACCGCCUAGCCUCCCCGAGCAUCGGACCCACCCCCAAAAAACGUUCUUGACGAUGGCGCAGACGCGGAAUGAGGCUCACCGGAUAAGACACCAGGGAUCCGUAGGUCUCACGCCGCUUUGGGAGUGGGCUACACUUGCCCAGUUGGCAGGGCCUUGGUGGCGCCUGCCACCAGUUUGCGCGACGGUUGGGAUGGGGCCUCGAGCGGUGCCAGCCUGAGAAUGUUUGUGUAGGAAUACAUGCUGUUGGAGCUCUUGAGUAUCAGGGACUGGCGGCGCGCUCAAAGUGGGUGGCGCGAGGGGGCGGUUUUCAAAGAAACCUGGGGGGCUUCGAAGAAGGCAUGGGGGCUUCUAGGAAGCCACCCCGGCUUCUAAGGAGCCCUUUGGGGGAGCCUCAGGGCAUUUCUGAGGAGCCCCCUGCUGAAAAGCCCCCCCCGCCCUUUUUGGAAAGGGCGACGCCUUCGCGCCGCACGCAUGC